AGUAGUGGAGCCCGCGAACGCCCAACGAGCGGCGGUCUUGCGGGAGGGUUGGCUUCGGGCGGAAGCGGCUUUGUAGCCUAGGCGAAACGAGAUGGGGGUGAAGCUGGAGGUGUUUCGGAUGACACUCUACCUCACCUUCCCCGUGGCUAUGUUCUGGAUUGCCAAUCAGGCCGAGUGGUUUGAGGACUAUGUCAUACAGCGCAAGAGGGAGCUGUGGCCACCGGAGAAGGAGGACCAGGAUGAAGCUGAUCCCACCUGGACCGUGGUUGUAGUUGGCCCAGGACUCCCAGUCGCCGAGAGCUAGAAGAAUUCAAGGAGAGGAUACGGAAGCAGCGGGAGGAGAGGCUCCUUCGAGCAGCCCAGCAGAGCUCCUGAGUCCCAGCCCGCCCCCUGCGAAAUAACACGCUCACGGCGCCUUGUUUCUCGAGGAAGUGUUUUAUUGUCUGCGUUCAGGGGCCAAUCAGGGCCGAGGGUGGUUCAGACCCUCAGGGGGCUUGGGUCUGGGGCUGGGGGCUGCUGUUCCGACGGAAGCCAAGAGCAGUCGGAUCUUGCGGGGCAAGGAGGGGCUGGGGGCUGAGCGUCCCCGCUCUUUUCUGCACUCCGUCCUGCGGAUGAAGAGGGAUCAGUCAGCGAGAGGGAGGGAGCAGGAGCAGUGCCAGCCGGAGGUGACACAAACACUGGGGGAGGGUGCGUGUCUCACCUCCUGCCAUUUGGCCCUACCGCCCCCCAGGGUUUUUUUUUUUAACUUGUAUAUUUU